AUUGUUAUUGACAAGGGAUAUAUGAUAUGAUGAUAAGUUGGGGUCUGUUUUUUGUCACAAACUCCAGAAAUAUGAAAGAAGUUUAGGACAAUAUAGUUACUAUGGUUGGAGUUUUGCAGGCUCAGGCCUUCAAUGUUGGAGCUCGGUACUUCCCUUAUGCAGAAAGUUACCCUAUUCAGAGUCCUGUAAUGCAUGUAACCUCACCAGGCCUAGUUAAAUGUUUCAGUUCUUUAAUCCGUCAGAGACUGCCUCAAAUUGCAGGUGUUAGCAAAAGUAAUACAAAGCUUUUUGCAUUGAGGCGGAGAAGGGCAAAUGAGAGAACUGAAACUUAUGUACUACUAGAACCAGGGGAGGAUGAGAAGUUUGUUUCUGAGGAAGAGUUGAAGGCCACAUUGAAAGAGCGGCUGACAAAUUGGCCUGGAAAGGCUCUUCCUCCUGAUCUUGCAAGAUAUGAGACCAUUGAUGAAGCUGUUUCUUUCCUAGUGAGGUCCGUUUGUGAACUUGAAAUUGAUGGAGAUGUUGGCUCAGUCCAAUGGUAUGAGGUCCGUUUAGAGUGAAUAAUCACUCCAUCACACCCAUUUCAUUUGUGCCUUGCCAACUCAUUCUCAUUAUGUUUAGUUGAGAAAACCAUUUAGUGCUAAUGCAGUAUUCCAUUCUCUUGUGUAUUGGACCAGCACAUUUAAAUAAGAUAAUUUAGGUUAUGUUUGGAUAUCUGCAGUGCAAAAAGUGAAUGAAACACUCCUUCCGGAUAUAAAA